AUGUCAUUCCAAAAUGGCAUGUUCAAGGACGCUUCUCAUCAACCCACACUCAUUUGUCUGACAAUUGCAUCUUUUGCAAGAUUAUUAGGCAUAGGGGAUAUCCCAUCAAUGAAAAUUUUGGAGACUGACGAAAGCUUUGCAUUUAUGGAUAUUGACCCAUUGAGUAAAGGACACUGUCUGGUCAUUCCAAAAUACCAUGCAGAGUUCUUACAUCAAGUACCUGAUGAAUAUCUUGUCGAUGUGAUGCCACUGACAAAAAAGAUUGCCAUUGCUGCUGGUCUUAAAGAAUAUAAUGUUUUACAGGCUGUUCCCCAUGUUCACUUUCAUCUUAUACCAAAGCCAAAUCAAACCCAAGGCCUUUCAAUCCAUUGGAAGCCAAACAAGAUGGACAAGAAAGAUAUUGAAACAAAAUAUCAACAGAUUCUUGAGAAUCUCAAAGUACCAUUAUAA